GACGUAUACAUCAGGCAAUGGUGACCUCACUAAAUGACGACAACGAGAGCGUCACCGUCGAGUGGAUAGAAAACGGAGACACAAAAGGGAAAGAGUUGUGAAUAAUUCAUCCAGACAUUCCAGAAGUGCUGUGAUUAUGCAACUAGCCUACAUGUCCUACAGUCACACUUAAGGCUGUUACAUACUCCGCGAGAAGCCAGAGCUUUUUCUUGUUCUCGAGGCCACAAGAACAAAAUGACAUGAUUUGUUUUCGCGGACGUGGUUGAGGACAUCUUGCAGAGUGCUCUUGAUGCAUCAGAUUGAUUUGGAGAGCAUAUUUGCACUAAAUCCUGAUGUAGCUCCAGAUGAAGAGAUUGCCCCUAGUCCAGAGACCCCACCCCCUCCUACACCCACAUCUGUAAAGGUCAACAAAAUUGCAAAGAACCGACGGACAAUAGCACCUAAUAAAAUUGAUGCGCCAUCCAAAGACAAUAGAGCAAUUCCAACCCGGGCCAGACCACCUCAGCCUCAGCAGCCAGAACCUGCCCCACCUCCUCCAGUACCGCAGCCUGUACAGCCCACUCAGGCCCAGACACAACAGCAACUACAGAAUGAAUCCCCACAUCACCUGAUAUCCAGAAAGGAGUUUGGACAGCUUUCGAGAAGGAAGUCGAAUUGUGUGAAGGAGGUGGAGAAGCUGCAGGAGAAAAGAGAAAGACGCCGGCUUCAGCAGCAGGAGCUCAGGGAGAAGAGAGCCCAGGAGGUAGACACCACUAUCCCCAACUAUGAGAUCAUGUACAUGAUCCGAGAUUUCCGAGCAAGUCUCGACUACCGGCCCCUGACUACCGCAGAUGUAAUUGAAGAGCACAGAAUAUGCGUUUGUGUGAGGAAGCGUCCACUUAACAAAAAAGAGUUGUCCAUGAAGGAUCUAGAUGUGAUCACCAUUCCUAGUAAAGAUGUGGUGAUGGUUCAUGAACCUAAACAGAAAGUUGACCUGACCCGUUACCUGGAAAACCAGACCUUCCGCUUUGACUACGCCUUUGAUGAGAGCACAACCAAUGAGAUGGUUUACAGGUUCACUGCUAGACCUCUCGUGGAGACCAUUUUUGAGAGGGGCAUGGCCACCUGCUUUGCCUAUGGACAGACAGGCAGUGGCAAAACGCAUACUAUGGGUGGAGACUUCUCUGGGAAGAACCAAGACUGCUCUAAAGGAAUUUAUGCAUUAGCUGCUCGGGAUGUAUUUCUCAUGUUGAAGAAACCCAACUACAAGAAGUUAGAUUUGCAAGUGUAUGCAACCUUCUUUGAAAUCUACAGUGGAAAGGUGUUUGACCUGCUGAAUCGCAAGGCUAAACUGAGGGUGUUGGAAGAUGGGAAACAGCAAGUGCAGGUUGUUGGGCUUCAGGAGAAAGAGGUUAAGUGCACAGAGGAUGUCCUGAAACUUAUUGAAGUGGGCAACAGCUGCAGAACAUCUGGGCAGACAUCGGCCAACGCUCACUCAUCUCGCAGCCAUGCUGUGUUCCAAAUCAUUAUUCGGAGAAGGGGGAAAAUGCAUGGCAAGUUCUCCCUCAUCGACCUUGCAGGGAAUGAGAGGGGGGCGGACACGUCGAGUGCAGACAGGCAAACCCGUCUGGAAGGAGCUGAGAUUAACAAAAGCCUGUUAGCCCUCAAGGAAUGUAUCCGAGCUCUUGGUCGUAACAAGCCCCACACUCCAUUCAGGGCCAGUAAGCUGACUCAGGUCCUCAGAGACUCCUUCAUUGGGGAGAAUUCACGCACAUGCAUGAUUGCAACAAUCUCUCCUGGCAUGACGUCCUGUGAGAACACACUCAACACACUACGCUAUGCCAACAGAGUGAAAGAAUUUGGGAUUAGUCCAUCAGACAUCCCCUUCUCCCAGGGCAGUCAGGAAAGUCGCCCUGAGCACUCACCCACCAAUACCUUUGAGUACGAUGACUUUGCUGCCACCUCUCCCAGCAGGGUGAAGGAGCUGACAGUGGACCCCAACCAAGUGAUGGAAGGAGGGCGACCUAACAUUCAUGCUGUCAACCAGCUGGAUCUUUUGGAUGAGGAUUGGCUGAGUAUCUCGCCUCAGAGAGAUGACCUGAAACUGCUCUGUGAGCAGAAUGAGGAGGAAGUGUCCCCCCAGCUCUUCACCUUCCAUGAGGCGGUGUCUCAGCUAGUUGAGAUGGAGGAACAGGUCCUGGAAGACCACAGAGCUGUUUUCCAGGAGUCCAUCCGGUGGCUGGAAGAUGAGAAGGUGCUGCUAGAGAUGACGGAGGAGGUGGACUAUGAUGUGGAGUCUUACGCCACUCAGCUGGAGCAGAUACUAGACCAGAAAAUAGAAAUCCUUACUGAGCUCCGGGAUAAAGUGAAGUCAUUCCGUUCUGCACUUCAGGAGGAGGAACAAGCCAGUAAGCAGAUCAAUCCCAAGAGGCCACGUGCUCUUUAGAGACGGGAGGCUGAAGAAGUUUAAAUGAAACAUACAUUAACAUAACUACUAGAUGUUUGGCACAAAUCUAGCUGUCAUUAGCAGCUGUGAAAACACAAAUAAAAUGACUGUCUAACAUACCAACAGGCUCAAGGAAAUGUAUUAUGAUCACCCUUCUAACGGGCUCUUCAUUCACUAUGAUCUUAUUAGAAAAAAAAGGAAGGGAAAUAGUCUUUCCUUCCAUUUUAGGUUGUUUUUUUAUGGCGAAUGUUUAGUUUUCUUUUCCUGUUAAAUUAUUUUUGUUUUCUUUUAUACUUGUUUAUACCUCUUUUAGCUGAGUAUUUUUGACCUGGUUUGACUAUAUCUCAAUUUAUCAUGUCUCAGAUUUUACCAGUAUUUUGAUUUCUGGUUGCUCUGGCCGACAUUCUGCAUGUGCACUCCAAAUAGCUUAUGUGUACCACUGUCUAAGAGUUCCCAGUUGGUAUUGUGAGGCAUAUUUCAUUGUGAGUUGAUCUCUUUUCCUCUGAGUUUUAACCAGUCUGGAAGAAAUCUUUUAACUCCACUGUUCUUUGUGUUUCUUUAAUCAUCACCCUGACAGGUUUUUACAUGUAGUUUGUUUCCAUUUGUGCCAUGACAUUUCAUAUGGCAACCAACUUAUAAACUUUUACUUCAUGCAAAACAUGUUUCCACCCAUUUAUGUUCUUUAUGAACAGAAACUAGAAAGAAAACUAUUAAUAAAUGUAUAGUGAAGACCACUGACCUACUGUUGGUUAUGUUUCUCAGUGUUUGCACCAGAUGUAAUGUUGAAGUAAUAAAAAAAAAUUGUGUUUCAUUAAAAUGA